GUCAUUAAUAAUUUUUAGUUGUUUGUGUUAGUUAAAAGUGCUAGAAAUAAUUUAAACAAUGGCUCUCGGUAGCAGACAAUUUUCAUUUGAUAGAUUCAUUCCAAGACGACCUAAUAUAAGACUCGAAGCAACGUUUGAUUUAAUUAACACGAGUGAUUCAGCAACAGUAUGUAACAAAUAUGACUUUAUUGAAGAUGAUACGUUUGUAAAUACUGCCAAACAGAGAUAUUGCAGAGAAAAUUAUAGAAAAUUUUUGAAGGAAGCGAUGUUUUUUGAGAAGUAUAAUAUUUUUGAACUCUCCAAUUUUUAUAAGAAAAAACCAACGGGAAAGGAAAUAUCCCAUUGGCCGGUGAAACCUCGCAACAAACCUCUGCUUCCCGGAUCUCCAUCAAUGCUGCUAGAUUUACCCGAUUUGGAUAUGCAUUAUUGUAGAAAUGUAGUGGAUUGGGGUAAAAGCGGAUAUAUUGGUACCAUAUACGACUAUAAAAUCCAUUUAUGGCAUCCCGAGAAAAAUAUCAGAAUCCAAUUAACAGAUAUUAGUGGAAAUAUAGUCGAAAAUUGUAUCAAAUGGAAUGCGGAUGGGAGUAAAUUAUCGACAGCAUUGGUUGGAGGAAGCUUAGCAGUUUACAAUAUGCAGCUGAAUAAAACCACACACCUUGGUACUUGUCCUUGCAGACUAACCCCGAUGGGCAUAAAAAAAAUGUGUUCGAUAAUCUCUGCUGAAUGGACGAAAUCUAACUAUAUACUAACCGGAUGUUCUAAAGGAACUUUGACGCGUUGGUUACAUAAUUUAAAUUACGCCAGAUUCCGCUAUAGGGCACAUGUGGGAGAUAUCACCAAACUCAUAUUGUCCUGUAAGGAAAAAUACAUAGCUACGACAGGAAUCGACAAUAACUUGGUCAUUUGGACAUAUCACGAGAUUGAACAAAAGUUAAAUAUCAAGUGUAUAUUACCCACGAAGGCCAUUGCUUGGCAUCCCUGGAAAGACUCACUGCUGGUGGUGGGCGACGUUGAUCGUUUUUAUUUAUGGAAUGUUCAAAAUAUGAAUAUGUUACGUUCAAUCAAAUUUGAAAAUAGUUAUAUCGACUGUUUAGCUUUCAAUCCAUUGUCAGCAGAACUUCUGUUAAGUGUUACAUUUUGCGAAAAUGACGAUAGAGAAAUGAGUUAUUUGAAAGUGAUGAAAAAUCUUGACCAAGUUGUUGAUGAAGUUAGGUGUAACGAGUUUAGGAUACCUUACUUAUUAUGGGAUCAUACUGGAACCAAAUUGGGUACUGCUAGUACUGAAGAAAGUUUCUGCAUAUGGAAUUUUUUUGGAAGAACAACAAAAGAGGAAAAGAAAUUUCUGAAAAAAGAGAAACGAAGUUUUCCAGCAAUUUAAGGUUAAAAUAUUUUCAUACGUCAUGUGUUUUAAACUAAUAAUUACAUUAUUAUCCAAA